UGCUAAGACACAGUUGGCAACUAAACUAGACGAAGAAGAGUUUCAUCCGAAGAAGAAUAAAACAAGCAUGGCUGGGACUACAAGUAACACUGCUCUUCAGAUAACGAGUUCUUUAUCUAAAUUGCAGUCUUUAAAUGGGCUUUUUGCGAUAUAUAAAAAACGAGGGCCUACAUCUGCAGACGUGUUAAAUGCACUAAAAGAAGCUUUACUCAAGGAAGCUGGUGAACAAAACCCAAACCCGCGGAAGAGAAAGAAACAGAGUCUGAAGAUCGGUCACGGAGGGACGUUGGACAGUGCUGCCAGUGGGGUGUUAGUUGUUGGCGUUGGGAAUGGCACAAAAAUGCUCAGUACGAUGUUAGCUGGUUCAAAGAAAUAUGUUGCUGUGGGGGAACUGGGAAAGGCAACAGACACACUUGAUGCAACUGGCAGUGUGAUUCUGGAGAAAGACUUUGAACACAUAACCAGGUUGGACAUUGAAGAGAAGCUGCAGUCCUUUACUGGUGACAUCAUGCAAGUUCCUCCACUUUACUCAGCACUAAAGAAGGACGGGCAGCGUCUGUCUGAUCUGCUGAAGAAAGGUCACAAGGUUGAGGUCAAACCUGCCAGACCUGUCACUGUGUACAGCCUGACCCUGCAGGGGUUCGAGCCUCCUCUCUUCACUCUGGACAUCGAGUGCGGUGGUGGAUUUUAUGUCCGAAGCUUGGUGGAUGACCUGGGAAAAGCUCUGUCAUCAUGUGCUCAUGUGAAGGAGCUGAUCCGGACCAAGCAGGGUCAGUUCACCCUGGAGGAGCACGUCUUACACGAAGAGCAGUGGACACUGGAGCAUAUACUGCACACUCUACAGCCCUGCUGAGAAUCAGCAGGGUGUGCGCUGUGCCAAGCCAGCAGAGGAACUCACUCUGAACAGUAGCCAGUCUGAAACUGGGGUUCUCAUCUCAUGGUCAGUCAUGGCUCAUCUGCUUGGCUCUUCAGUGAAGAGUACAUGGGUUGCAGAGUGACUGUUUCUCCUGGAUAUUUUCAGGAUUGUGUGCAAAUGAAAUGUGACCACAGAGUGUAUGGAAUAAUGGACGACAUGUUGCCACUAUGCAAAAGAGAAGUCAACAUACUGUGAUGGCAUGAGAGGGCAUCUUGCUUUGUGACACAUUUUGUAACCAGAGUCUGCACAAUUAGCAAACAAGUGGAAUGACGUAUCAGACCACCAAUCAACGCUGUCAUCCAAAAGACGCCCCUUUUAUAUAAUCAAAGAAACUUAAUAAAAAGAAACUUUUCAAGAAAGCAACCACUUGUACACAUGCCAGUGUUACAAUAGCUACCAAGAAUAACAGAAAUGACUUUUGAGGAGAAAUUCAUUGCAUUUGUGAGUUUCAGUUUGGCUCAUGUCCCAUCUGCUAACAUGGAGGAGUGGGAUUUAUGAGCUAUAUACUGCAACCAGAUAACAGGGGGUGUUCCACUUGUGGUGGGAGCUAUACUCCCACCACAAGUGGAACACUCAUACAAGAUACCAAUUCACUUUAUCUUUCCUCACUCCACUUUCAUCUAAGAUGGUAUCUUCCAGCUUCUG